GGGGCCUCGUGACAGCUCCGCCUCCCGCUCCUGUUGCCCGGGUCCCGGCGCACUCUGCUGGGGCAGCCGCUGCUUUGCGGGUGCAGGCGGAGCCCGGGGCAGGCAGAGCCCGGAGCAGGCAGCUGAGGGAUCAAGGCUCGGAGCAGGAGGCGGGAAGGCGGCGAUGGAGGUCCUGCAGGGAUCCGCUGCGGCACCCCAGCUGCUGCACCUGGGGUCCAGUGUUGCCGUUCUGCUGUUGGUGGUUGUGGCUGCGUGUGCCCUGCCGUCCCUGAUGGCUUACUGGAGGCAAUGGAGGAUGAUGAAGCCGAUUCCCGGUGUCAGUCCCUGCUAUCCUGUGCUGGGAAAUGCUCUACUCUUAGAGCGGGAUGGAGAAGGUUUUUUUAAACAAAUACAGACUUACGUUGAAGAGUUCAGAAGUAGGCCAUUGUUCAAACUUUGGUUAGGACCAGUGCCUGUCAUGGUUUUGUAUCACCCUGACAGUGUGGAGGUUAUUCUGAAUAGUUCAAAACAUAUUGAAAAAUCUUACCUGUAUACAUUCAUGCAUCCAUGGCUGGGCACUGGACUCCUGACAAGCACUGGGGACAAGUGGCGGUCACGUAGGAAAAUGAUAACUCCCACAUUCCACUUCGCAAUCUUAACUGACUUCCUAGAGGUUAUGAAUGAACAAGGAGGUAUUUUGUUGGAGAAACUCGAGGAGCAUGUUGACAAGGAACCAUUUGAUAUCUUUCUGGACAUCACUCUGUGUGCCCUUGAUAUCAUUUGUGAAACGGCAAUGGGCAAGAACGUGGGUGCUCAGCAGAACAAGGAUUCUGAGUAUGUCCGUGCUGUCUACAGGAUGAGCGAUCUAAUCCAACGGCGACAGAUGAGCCCUUGGCUCUGGCCUGAUCUUGUAUAUAUGCGGUUAAAGGAAGGAAGAGAGCAUGAGAGGAGCCUCAAGAUCCUUCACAAUUUUACAGAUACAGUCAUUGCUGAAAAAGCUGCAGAACUCAAAAACACCAGGCAAAUGAAAUGUGAUACUGAUGGCAACUGUGAAGAAAAUGGCUUCAGAAAGAGAAAAGUUUUCCUGGAUAUGCUGCUGUGUGCAACAGAUGAUGAAGGGAAUAAAUUGAGCUACAGGGACAUUCGUGAGGAAGUGGAUACUUUCAUGUUUGAGGGCCAUGAUACAACAGCAGCUGCUAUGAACUGGGCCCUGUACUUACUUGGACGUAAUCCUGAAGCCCAGAAGCAGGUCCACAGAGAACUGGAUGAGGUGUUUGGCAACACUGAACGGCCUGUUACAACGGAUGAUUUGAAGAACCUUCGAUACCUUGAGUGUGUUGUGAAAGAAGCCCUUCGACUCUUCCCUUCAGUUCCAAUGUUUGCCCGUGCCUUGAGAGAGGAUUGCUGUAUUAGAGGAUUUCAAGUACCAAAAGGCACAACUGCUCUUGUUCUAACCUAUGCCCUGCACAGAGACCCCGAAAUCUUCCCUGACCCAGAUGAGUUCAGACCCGAGAGAUUCUUCCCUGAAAAUUGUAAAGGAAGGCACCCGUAUGCAUAUGUGCCCUUCUCAGCUGGUCCCAGGAACUGUAUUGGUCAGCGCUUUGCACUAAUGGAGGAGAAAACUCUUCUAGCCCUCAUCCUGCGGCGCUUUUGGGUGGACUCGUGUCAUGAGCCAGAAGAGCUUCGUAUAACUGGAGAACUGAUUCUUCGUCCAAAUAAGGGCAUCUGGGUUAAGCUGAAGAGAAGGCCAAACACUGGAUCAGAAUGAAAGGAAAUUCAAGAUUUCAUUCUUAAAAAAACACCCAAUAUAUUAGACUGAGAUAUGUUUUAAAAUCAAAUUUUGAUUGCAGUCCAGCAAUGUGUUGAAACAAAGGUUGUUACUGAUCAUUUCGUUAAAGAAGAUGUUGUAAUAGCCCUAAAUUGCUCUACUUUUCUAGUACAUGUGAACUUCAUGUUUGUCUUUGAAGUGCAAGUCUUUAAACAUCAAAUCUUGGUGCCUUAUCUACUCUGAUGAAACUAUUCUCUUGCAACAGUGUAAAAACCCUUUAAAUUAUUGUAGUGGUGGAGUGAUCUGGUUAUAUCCCAUAGCAUUUGUGAAGUAAUGGAUGGUCUCAGUCUUUGUAUAGUUUUCAGGAUACUUGAGUUCUGAGAGGUACAAGUGAUCAAUUCUUCCACUUGGCACAUGUUUUUUUUUUCUGUUUUGGCAAUAGCUGUAUAUGUGAAGACAAAGCAGAAAUCUUCUGAUAAUGUCACUCCUUUGUAACCAUUUACAGUAGUUCUUUAGUCACGAGUGCUCUGAAUUAUUUUUUAGCAAAGUGUACCAUAUGCAUUAACCUAUGUAAUCAUACCAUGUGUGCAAAUUACACACAGGAUUUCAUAAUGGCAGAAAUACUCUAUUGCUACAAAUAUUGAGAAUAAACUUCUACCAUGCCUCAAUAUGGAAUGUAAUUAUGUCUGUAAAAAUUACAUGCCUGGAUUCAGGUAAAUUACUGAUGGAUAAUAAAAUCUUAUUGUCAA